AUGGAUAAUAUUAACCAAGCUACCUCUGGUUCAAAAACUUCAACACCAUCAACUAUGAAAGGAAUUGCUAAAGCAUUAGAUACUGUAUUCGAAAAUUUAAAUGAAACUAAUUCCAAACUAAACCAUAUUAACGAAGUAUUUGAGCAACACCAAGAAACU